AUGAGUACUGAUACAUGGAGUAUACUAUAUAGGUACAAUAAUGAUGAUAUAAAAAGCUUAACUGAAUGGAGAAAAAACAAAGGACAUGCUCAAAACAUUUCCGAUGACUUCCAACUUAGCAAAAAGUGUAUUCUACAUACAGACACGGGCAUGUAUCAGUGUAAGAUUCAGCAGGGUGCAAAAAAGGGAGCCGUUAAAAUGGAAGAAGACAUGGAUGAUAAGUAUCAGCUAAGCGAUAAAUGUGAAAAACAUUUAGUUGUAGAGAAAAAUGGACAAGGUAAAGAACCAAAUGAUGAAGCCGAGGGAAACGAUUCAAAUAUAAAUGAACACGCAUUUAAACUGAAAAAUAAUAGUAAGUUUAUAAAAAAUAGGAAUGGUCAAAUACACAAAAUAGUUAACAAAUCAAAGUCAGACUAUUUAUCUUAUAAACUUAAGAACAAUCUAAGUUUAGUAGGAAACUUCGUGAAUCAUGAAAAAACAGUUCUUCACAAUAAUUCAUAUCAACACACAAAUUCAUUUCACAGAAAUAAUGCUUAUCGUUGCAUAAACUCAGUUCAUCACAACAAUGGCGGAUAUAACCAAUUAUACACAUUAACAAAUGAAGAUAUGAAACAUUUCUUAGAUGAAAGCUCACAACUUUUACCAGAAAUCAGAAGGUACACCCUAAACAACACGUUAGAUGAGAAUAUUUCAAAAGAUCAGUCUAAAGAAAAAUGUCUUAUAAGAAACGUAACCAACAUGGGAUCCAUUAGGGGGGAAAAUGAAGUUUUAAAUAUGUCAUUUCCACGUGGAGUAGAAAAAAAAAUGUUCACACUGACAAAGGAAAAAGAAUCUGAUGAAUGUGAAGGGGAAACAUCUAAUGAACAUUUUCAUUUAUGCGUAGAUGAACGAAGCAAUAAUGAAUUAUUUGAAGACAUAUCAAAAAGUAAUAAUUAUUUUGAAAAAGUGGGAAAAGAUUCUCCAGGUUACAUAAAUGGAGAAAGAAAUUUAAAUGAGAAAAAAAAUAGGAUCAUCGUAAAAGAGUCCAAAUUAUUUAUUCGACAAGAACAUGGAACCUCAGAGCUGACGAAAGAAAAACACACUACUAUUGAUAACAUUACGGGGAAAAAGAACAAUCUGAUGAAUGAGGAAAAUGAAAUUACUUGCAUUUCAUAUGUAAAAGAACGGGAUAGAAGUAGAAGACGCGCUGUUAUGAUGGAUAAAGAAAUACAACAAAACACAGAUAGAGGAUCACUAUCCCAAUCCGAUCAUAGCGAUUUGAAAAAAAAAAAUUUUCAUUUUUCAGGUAGAAAAAAAAAAGGGGGUAAUACAGAGAAAGGUAAAAAAAGUAUAAAUUACAAAAGCAUCUACAAAAAUGUGCGUGAAAAAUUGGUAGUACACCAGAAUAAUACCAUGCUGGAUCAUCAUAAAUGGCUUCAGAAAUGCCCUCACGUGGACGUUAAUCAUUUUAGAAUUCCAAAUGAAGAUUUAUAUAAGAAAGAAAAUAUAAAAGAUGUGUCUCGAGAAGUAUUGUCAAUGAUUUCAAAUGAAAUGCACGAUUAUACAACGGAAACGUGGAAACCGAUCAAUAGGCAUAGCAAUUGUUCCUCUGCUAUGAAUUCUAGAGAUGAAAAUACCAAUAUGCGUAAUUCUAGUUCUGGUACUUUUGAACAUACUGGUCGCAGAAGCAGCAAGGGAAAGUCCAGCAACGGUAAAUAUGGUUUCAAUGAGAAACAUAUUAGUAAGAGUAAUUUGGGGAUGGAAAAAAAUGCGAAAUUAAAUAACCCAUUCGAUGAUUCUAAUGGCACUACUUUUGGAGCAAAUGAUUCGUUUUUGUUAACCAUGGCAGAAGAAAAAAAAUGCCACUAUAAUACUCGCAAUGCCCAUACAUCAAAUAAUUUUUUUGAGAAGUAUAAAAGUGUGCAAUUUUGCGAUUCUCUGGAGAAUUCGCACUUUUGGAAAAAACACAUUCUGGAGGUGUUAAAGAAAAGCGCAAAAGGAGAAAAAAAAAUGGAAAAAGAAAUGGAAAAACAGAUGGAAAAAAAAAUGGAAAAAAAGAUUGAAAAAAAAAUGGAAAAAAAAAAGGAAAAAAAAAUGGAAAAAAAGAAGGAAAAAAAAAUGGAAAAAAAGAAGGAAAAAAAAAUGGGAAAAAAAAAUGGUAACCACAUAGGGGAAAAAAAAUUUAUGUGUAAAAUUACCUGUAAUGCACUAAAAGCGAAAAUUCCUUAUGUGACACAGACGAAUAGUACUGAUGCUAACUCUUUGACAAAUUUUGUUCCCAAAAGUAUAGGGAGCAUAGAAAGUGUCACCACCAAGGGGAAAAGUGCCGACAUUGCCUGUGGCGUCAGAACUCGGAACCCUAUUAAUGGCCACGCUGGGAGUGCAACGAGAAGGGACAAUGACAACAAAGGAGAACAUAAUUACAGUAGGGCAAGGACCCAGCACAUUAAUAAUUGCCUCGACAUUAUAUGCAGUGGCAAUGCCUCUCUCGGUUGCGAUAAGGGAGAAAAAAAAAAAAGGCAUGACGGAAAAGGGGGAGAGUUCGCGGGAAAAAGUAACGUUUUAAUUUGCGACAAACGUGGUAGUUGGUGCAGUACAAAAAUGAGCGACAUUGAAAAUCACAAUAGUGUUUGCAAUUUUAACCACAACAAUGGUAGAAGUAGUAAUAGCAGCAGAAAUGGCAGAAGUAGUAAUAGCAGCAGUAAUGGCAGAAGUAAUAACAGCGACAAAAUCAGGAACAAUAGUAGUGGCAGCCUCUUUUUGAGUGAACCACUUUUAAAUGCCGAUGAAAAAGAGGGGGCAAGCAACCCUUCAGUAGAUGUUUUUUUUCCCCACGUUAGUCCAAUAAUUAAUAGCAAGAAUUCAUAUAACAUGCUAACAAAAUCCAACAAUUCAAAGAUCGUGAUAAAUGAAAAAAUUAAAAUAAACUACCCCGAUGGAAGACCCAUUACACAGUGCAACGGGAAUGGAAAAUUUCUUCAAGGGGAUGAAGUGAAAAAAGGAGACUCGCAAAUGAAACAUGGAAAUGAUUGCAUAAACAACAUGGUUAGUGGAAGUGUGAAGGCGUCCGUUACCAUCAAGAUAGGGCAUAAUAAGUUUGUAAAGGACUAUGAUGAAGAUUGUACUAUCGAGGACAUCAGAAAUGACAGCAGCGAGGAUUACAGUCAUGAUAAAUAUGCGUUCAGUGCACACACUGAAGAGUUAGGGGGCGAUGAACCCAACUGCAUAAAUAAUCAUGUAAAUCUUCCAAGUAAUGACAAAGAUGCAUUAAAUAGCUUCGAUGUAACAUGUGAAGAUUGCCGAGAUGUGAAUGGGAACCAGAUGGAAGAUAUUUUCUCGAGUAACGACAUCCUUGUUAAGGACAUUGAAGAGAUAAAAAUGAACAAAAUGUUUUUUGAAGAAAUUUGCAUAUUCAGAAUCCAUGAAAAGAAUGACGAGAAUAGUGAAAGUAGUGGCAGGAAGGAACAAAAGAACAACCCAUUUGAGUACCACUUGGAAGGACAUGGCGCAAGAAUUUUGCAUCACAAACAUAGCAUCCAGGAUGUUGAUAUAACAAAAUUAGUAUUAAACAAAAAUUGCUAUGAACAAAUAAACCAUGAAGUUCAAAAUUUGAUGAAGGAAGAAGACACAUACGAAAUAGAAAUGAAUGUUGGGUUGGUUUUUAGAAAAUAUAUUUCUAUCGUGAUAAAUUUAGCAUGCAAUUACUUACUUAUUAAGAAAAAUGAAAAGAACAUAAUAACAUGCAUACCGUAUAGCAACAUUUUAGAAGUUAGUAUAAUCAAGAGAAGCAAGAAAAAGAAAGAUAGAUACUUAUUCAAAUUAGUAUACGUUUUUAAAAAGAAGGAACAGUAUGAAAAAAAUGUUACGUUACUGUUUCGAUCGAACAGAAUGGAAGUAUUUGAAAAGAUUAACAGUAAAGUAGAACCCAAUUCAGUAGAAAGAAAGGACCCCAGAUGUAAAGAGUACCUAGAUAUAGAAUCUGUUUAUAGCUACAUGGUAGAAAAGCACAAAAAAGCAUAUCUAUUAUAUUUGAAGCAUUUGCUACAUAUAACAGAAAGGGUGUGUAGAAGACACAUUUUAAAAUAUGCCUUUAUUGAAUUAAAAAAAAAAUGUGAUCAUGAAAAAAAAAUUCAACAAAUGAAGAAAGAACGAGAUAAAGCAGUGCAGAAUGUAGCAGAUAAGUUAGAUUUUUGGAUGAAGAAAAGAUUGCAAACUUAUUUUAAUGUACUCGUUAUAAAAAGUUACGAAACUAGUUUUAUAAAUUAUCAGGUGAAAACAAAUAAUAUGUUAUUUAAUAUGCUUGUAAAGGAAAAAAGUUCUUAUCAAGAGAUUGUAGAAAGACAGAGUUUUCUACUAUUAUUUCAUGUAUUGUCAAAUAUGUAUAAAAGAAAAAUGAGCAAAUAUUUCCGAUGUUUUGUAAAUAACAAUAGAACUUUGAGUAGGAGGAAAAAUGCUGUUUGUUAUUCACUAACUCGUGUGAAUGGUAUUAUGUUAAAUUAUGAAAGAAGAAUAAAAUGUCAUGUCAUCUCAAAGUUAAAAUUUAACUAUGAUUAUGUAACAUAUUUUGUUUUCGUCAUGUAUAAGAUAUAUAUGCGUCGAGUUUUCCUUGGCUACAUACAUCUGAGGGAUAACAAAAAUGGAAAAAAAAUUGUCAUCGAGAAAAGUGUGUACAAAAUGAUUAAGGUCUUAUCCAAAAUGGUAGAAAGUCAAAAGUUUUACGCUUUUUUAAAAUUACAGAAAUAUAUUUUUCACGAAAUGGAUAGAAAAAAUAAGCUUAUCUGUAACCGUUUAAUGUAUACAAAUAAUGAACUGUGCCAGAAUUUGGACAAAGUAGCAAUUGAAAAGGGCAUUAACAAAGUUGAGAGCUUUUACAAAUUUAAAAUGAAAGAAUAUUUAUUAAAAUAUUUUUAUAUAUUAAAAGGUCCACAAGCAGCAAAUAUCAUACAAUUCAAAAAUCGUUCCCUAAAAUAUUGUGGAAUCUUUUCAUUCAUUUUAAAUAAAAUAAUCCAAAAGAAAGUACAAGACUUGUUCUUCAUAUUUGUUUUGAAAUGUUAUCAAACUAAUAAUAAAAACAGGCUCUUAUAUGCAAUGAAGUAUUUGAAUCAAAUUCUAGAAAAGAAAGAAAAAACAAAUGUUAUGAAUCUUUUGCAGAUGUAUGAUACAUAUCCUUGCUUAUUUCAGUACAGACAUUUGACGAAAAUAGAAAUCUUUGCUAAAAGUGUUGAUAAUUUUAUCACCUUUUGUAACAAAAAAUUGCUAUUAAACUUUUUGUUAAAGUUACAACAUUUGAAAUAUCAAGAACGGUUUAUAAAAGCAUACAAAUGCAUUGAAAGCUUAUACAAGAUAAUCAGGAUUGUAAAUAAGGAAAUAAAUUCACGUAUGCAAAUGUCAUUUCAACUCCUUUUGCAAAAUGCGAACAAAAAAAAUAAUGAUAUACUUAAGGAGAAGAUAUUAAAAACAAACAAAAAAAAAACACAGUUAAAAUUUAAUUAUAAAAAAGCACUCUCUUCUCCAGCACCAUUUUUGGACAGCAAAAAGGAGUGCCUCUUCUACCACCUUGACCUUCCACUUCCAUCUACUUCCGAUUCGCUGAGUCUUUUCAAGCGUUACCCCUAUCUUUUUUACAACUCUGAUAUAUCUCCCGAGCGCACCACAAUGGCCGACAUGGACAAGAUUAAACGGAAAAUUUGCGAUUUUAAUAACCGAAUGAGUAACGUCAAAUUGUAG